AUGACACUCACGCAAAAGCUCCCAAGUCCGCUAAGUGGACAGACGACAGACGACUUGAAUGCCGAGUUUGUGGUGCUACUCAAGGAAGAUUACGUGAAUUACAAGUGGCUUAUGCUGAAGUUCUCCGGCGAGGGCUUGGUCGGUGUCAGUGACGAUGCAUGGGCUGAACUCGACAAGCACUCACGCAGCAUGCCGUUGUCUCGCUUCCGAGACCGUCCCUUUCAACAUUACGACACCAUUACAGAGAUGAUUGGCGACCGGUGA